CCGCAAGAUGUGGUGGUGCAAUCGAGUGCAGUAAAGCUAGCCAUGCUGUAGUGGGAUAUCUCCCCCAUUCUGCUGCGCCACCAUUGCUGCAAGGGGAGGGUAGCAGAACAUCACAUGGAGAUCAAGGAGGUAGCAGCAGCGGAGGCGAUGACGAUGGGCAUGCCGACGGUGCCCUCUCGGUUCAGGAGGAUCUGCGUCUUCUGCGGAAGCAGCCAGGGGAGGAAGAAGAGCUACCAGGAUGCUGCCGUCGAGCUCGGCGAGGAGCUGGUCUCAAGGAACAUCGAUCUGGUCUAUGGCGGGGGAAGUGUCGGGCUGAUGGGCCUGGUCUCUCGAGCAGUCUACAAUGGAGGGAGGCACGUCAUAGGGGUGAUUCCCAAGACCCUCAUGCCAAGAGAGAUUACAGGUGAGACGGUUGGGGAGGUGAAGGCCGUGGCGGAUAUGCAUCAGAGGAAGGCUGAGAUGGCCAGACAAUCUGAUGCCUUCAUAGCACUUCCUGGAGGGUAUGGAACCCUUGAAGAGCUGCUGGAAGUGAUCGCGUGGGCGCAGCUUGGCAUCCACGACAAGCCGGUUGGCCUGCUAAACGUGGACGGGUACUACAACUCGCUCCUAUCCUUCAUCGACAAAGCUGUGGAGGAGGAGUUCAUCAGCCCGACUGCUCGCCACAUCAUCGUCUUGGCACCGACACCAAACGAACUGCUCGACAAGCUAGAGGAGUACUCCCCCCGGCACGAGGAGGUCGUGCCGAAGACCAAGUGGGAGACGGAGCAGCUGAGCUGCUGCAAGAGCUGCGAGAUCCCGCCGGGGCUCAAAGAAGGGACGCCGAUCGUCCAAGCACAGCGAGGAACCAUGCAUGCUCUGAACUAAUGGUGUUAGUUAGCUAUUACGUACUAGCCAGUGACCACUUAGGGUUUCUCAGGAGGCCUGCACAAGUGGUGGUGAUGUAGGAAGAUUCAGAACUUCAGCGAUUCAGAUUGGGUUUAAUUCCUGUAAUUCGAGUAGAAUGCGCCUAGUGUUGGCUAUAUGUCAGCUGUAUUAGUUCUACAGGGAUGGGAUCUAUUUGUGGACAAGGACUAAUAUACCAGCAGUCAUUAGAUGCAAGCGUGCAAGCA